GCUAUUAUGUGUUUUUUACUAGUUUAGCUCUUUUUGUAUUUCUCCUUAACACUUUGUAAAUUUGGAUGGAAUUCACAGGAAAAGAAUGCCUCCCCUGGACUUCAAGGCUUUGUUUCACAUAUUCAUGCUGGCGCUCUUAGGGAUCACACUAGAACAGGUCCUCUAUUUCUCGGGCUUUGAAUACACCACUUCAACUUAUGCAGCAACCAUAACAAAUCUUAUCCCUGCUAUCGCCUUUGUCAUGGCCUGUCUCCUAAGAUUGGAGAAAGUGAAUAUCAAGAGCCCAAGGGGCCUAGCGAAGGUCAUUGGCACCAUUAUAUGCGUUGGAGGUGCUAUGAUCAUGACAUUUGUCAAGGGUCCUAUCCUUGAAUUUUUUCAUCACCUCAGAACAUCAAAAUCUCUUUCUGAUAUUUUGGGUGCCAAAUCAUUGGUUGAUACCAAGGACAAUUUGACCUUGGGCAUAAUUUUGCUCAUAAUAAGUGUUACUGCUUAUUCUGCAUGGAUAAGUUACCAGGCUUGGGUUUUCCAAGAUUACCCUGCUCAACUCUCCUUGACUGCACUCAUGUUGCUCAUGGGUACAGUUCAGUGCGGUGUGAUUGCUGUUAGCUUUGAAAGAUCUGCGUCGGCCUGGAGAUUAGCCUGGAAUUACAGACUUCUAACCUAUAUCUACAGCGGUGUUGUUUGCUCGGCUAUAGGUUUCUUUAUUCAAAGCUGGUGUAUCAACAAGAGAGGCCCCAUCUUUGCAUCUGCUUUCUACCCUUUAAGCUCAGUCAUAACUGCUAUUUUGGAGCCUAUCUUUCUCCAUGUUGAUCUAUACGUUGGGAGUGCUGUUGGAAUGGCUGUGAUAAUUGUUGGGCUUUAUGUUGUUCUAUGGGGAAAAGCCCAAGAUACGAAAGGCAGCCGCUCCAAGAUAUUACCCACACAAAUGGGAGAUGAGUUCUUUUCCGAUAGAGAAGGAGGGGAAAGACGAGAGAAAGUAGUAGAGAUGCCCAAAGUAGAGAACCAAAAUGAACCAAGGUAAUGCUAUAUUGAGUGCCAUGAACACAUGGAUGCGACAAACUAAGAAAACCCAAGACGGAGACAAUUACACAUCAUGUGCCCAAGGAAUUAUUUCUCUCUAAGAUGUGGAUGACCCUUGUAUUUUAACAAAAAGAAUGUCCUCGAGUUUAAUUGUUGUGAUUAAGCAAUCUCACCUAAUGCAGUAGAAAGCCUCACCAAAUGUAGCCGAAAGUUUGAAAGUCUCAAAGAAAGUGAGCCAUUUUUUCCUUUUUUAUGUUCUUUGAAAAAAAUAUGUAUUAUCAAAUAAAUCAACACAAUAUGUAAUCAUGCAAAAAAUUAUUGAAGGCAUGUUCUCCAGAAAGGAC